UUAGUGUCCAAGCAGAUCUAUAUAGCUCAGACGGUCUAUACAAAGGAAACCCCAAUUACCCAAUUACCCAAAUCACAAUUCUACCAAAUCCAAGAUACCAAGAUGAACUCAACCCUGAUAUCCCACAACUACCACCCCCCAUCAAUCUCCCUCCCCCAUUACACCCCCAACGAAAGCAGCGUGCUAUCCCUAAUCACCCAAUUCGGACUCCAAUGGCUCUUCACACUAUGCGUCGCGUACACCCUCAUCAGCCGUCUACGACCAACAGCCAGCCCAUCCGAUCGAAUUGCCUUUACCUGGAUGUGUUUGACGGGAUUCAUCCACCUCUUCUUCGAAGCCCACUUCGUCAUAACCCAUAAAACUCUAGCCGGCGACCAAACCCUCUUUUCCCAGCUGUGGAAGGAAUACUCGCUUUCCGAUUCGCGCUAUUUGACUUCUGAUGCUUUUUUGCUUGCUAUGGAGGCUGUGACGGCGUUCGCAUGGGGUCCCUUGGCUUUCGGAAUCGCUUAUUGUAUCGCCGUUCAACAUCCACUUCGACACGCUUUGCAGAUUGUCGUUUCGACGGGUCAGGUUUACGGGGAUGUGCUUUACUAUGCUACCAGUUUGCUGGAUGAAUCGUAUUGUCGACCGGAGGGGUAUUACUUUUGGUUUUAUUAUUUCUUUUUCAAUUUCAUUUGGAUGGUUGUUGGGUGUUAUUAUGUUUGGGAUAGUGUUGUUGCUAUUUGGGGUGGGUUUGAGAAGCUUCAGAGGCUUGAGAGGGAGAGGAAAGAGGAGUGA